AUGACAUCCAUAUGGAACGAUGAUUCCAAAAGAAAUACUCCAAAGCAACAAGAAGGAGUUCUAGGAGAUGACUACGCAUACCGGCUAGAGAUUGAAGGUCCUGAAUCACCCAGCAAUCAAAGCAAGAUAUCAGCUGCUUGGAAUUCCGUUUCCUCGGGUGGAACCAUCUUUGAUGGAUUUUUACUGGCCGCCUCUUCCGAAGUAGGACAGUCCAUCUUGACGCUGCCCAACAUCUUUUCCCAAGUUGGAUUUACGUCUGGACUUUUGCUGGAAUUUGGAUUUGCCACCAUGGCACUCUACACGAAUUUUCUUCUGGUCAGUAUGCACGCCCAACAUCGUCACAAUUUGAAAGCCAACAACGACCCAAAGCACCGAGAUCCCUUUCACAUUGUGAGCUACCAUGAGAUUAUGGAUGCCUUGGUUGGGCCAUGGCUCAAGCAAAUAUCCAUUGCGGUUGUCUUUUUUGCCUUGUUGGGUCUUUCCACGGUUCAGAUUAUCGCCACGGCUUCCAAUUGUUACAUUUUGGACGACAGUCGGUCCAAACGGUCCUGGGCUUUGCUAUGGGGGAGUCUCUUUAGCUUUGUCGCCUUCGUUCCAAACUUUCGACACUAUCGAAUGCUAUCGAUUCUUGGAAUUCUGACAACCACCUACACUGCCUGGUACAUGGUGUUUUCGAGUUUGGCUGAUCAGCGAGAUCCAGAUGUAGUAUACAAUGCACCAGAAAGCAUGGAAGGAUUCUUUACGGGAUUUGUGCAAUUGCUAUUCAUCUUUGGUGGACAUACAUCCAAUAUUGAAGUUGCCGAUGUCAUGGACGACCCAGCUACCUACGAUCGAUCCUACUUUUGGUCCUAUCUCUACGUAUUUACCUUGACCAUGCCGAAUGCUGUGGCAGCUUACUACACCUAUGGACAAGAUUGUCUGUAUAAUACCAACUCGUUCAGUCUCUUUCCCGCAUCACCGUAUCGCGAUUUUGGAAUCAUCAUGAUGUCACUGCAUCAGGCAGUUGCCUUUGGCCUCUUUGCAGGCCCGCUCUUUCACAUGUGGGAGAAGCUGGUUGGAAUUCAUGACAAACCAUUCAAGAUGCGUGCAUUGGCCAGGCUUCCAUUGUGUGGUUUCAUGCUGUUGCUAGCAAUUGCAUUUCCCUUUUUCGGAGCCAUCAAUGCAAUGCUUGGUGCCUUCACAACGAGUUUUGGAACUUUUAUCAUUCCUUGUAUCGGAUACAAUCUGGCAUUUCAAUCAGAAGAAGGCAUGGUGAAGAAGCCAUUCAUGCGUUUGGACUGGAUCAAGCGAAUCAACUGGGGAGUCGCUUUGUUUGUAGUCUUUGGGGGAGUGGGCGCUGGUGGAUACACAAGUAUCAAGAACUUUCUAGAGCAACUGGAGUACUUUGAUUACUUUGCAGAGUGUUACCAAUGCUAA